AGUCAUGUCCAAGGACGACGCGUGCAAAGUGACGUCUGCCAGCAAACACAAGGAGCGCAAGCCCAAGAAGCCCCACUACAUUCCCCGGCCAUGGGGCAAACCCUACAACUACAAAUGCUUCCAGUGUCCCUUCACCUGCAUGGAGAAGUCUCACCUGUACAACCACAUGAAGUACAGCCUGUGCAAGAACUCCCUGUCCCUGCUCAUAGAGUCGGACUGGCCCUAUAAGAAGGGCAACAUCCUGCACCCGGACCAGCUCCGGCCCUUUCAGCAGGCGCACGGCCUCCAGGCUCCCGGGAAAGAAGAGCUGGAGCAGGCGACGCGGGCCGCGGAUAGACAGAGGCUGCGGAGGAACGUGGAGGAGGAAGGGGAGGACAGGGAAAACCAGGGACUAGAGGAGGAAGAGGAGGGAGGACAAAGUGAGGGAGCAGAGAGCACCAGGCUGGCGAAGCAGAGCUCGAGUAACAGCAGGAGCAGAGGAGAGGCUACAGAGUUCGCAGCCAAGAAAACCCAACAGCCAGAGUCAGAACUUCUGAUGGCUGACAUGCUCUCCCUAGAAGAUCAGCUUCUACGAGCCCGCUCAAUGGAAGUAGAGGCCCAGCUUAAACACUACAAGUUAUCCAAGGCGUGUCUGACCGCUCCCGGGCUGCUCUCGGAGCAGUGGCGGCUGUUAGCGUCCAGCCACACGAAGGCCAAAUCUGAUGGAGCUCAUCCCAGAGUGAGCAGCUCGAUUCCCUGUUACCCUCCUCCCCCGAACCUGGUGGAUUACCAGGAUCCCACUGGACUCAAUCUGUCAGUGCUCGGGGUGGGCUAUCCCAUCAGCCCCAGCCUCUUCUCCUACAUGAACUCAGCCAUUUCCAGCCCUGCCGCGGGUAUGACAGCCCAGACCCACGCGCAGCUCGCCCAGCUUCCCUUCCUGGCGUCAGCGGCCCAGCUGAUGCACCCAGCCUCCGGCACGCACGCGGACAGUGCUCUCAUCCCCCCUCGCCUCUACUACCCGUUCCUGUAUGAGCACGCGUUCGGACCGGCCUCCAGUCAGAGCGACGCCAGCAAAACCCUCAAGACGCCCACAAACAGUCUCGAAACAAAUCCCCUGUCUGGCUUCCAGCCUAAAGUCAAUCUGUGGAAAGUGCCAGCUCUACGGCCUGGUGCCACCGCUGGCUCCCCGACCGGCUGGGUGUCACCUCAGAGAGACUCCCUCGACCAGGGCUACAGGCCGGGGGAUAAAGUGCAGGCUGCAGCCAAGGAAGGCAAAGCGAGCUGGGGUCUAAAGAGGACGGGGGCCCCACUGGGGAACCACGAGGCCCCCGCGGAGAAGAAGCCGGCAGUGGGCUUUACUCUGGACCUCCUGAAGGAUAUUCAGACUGGAUCAACUUUGAACAUGGCAGCGGAGAAACUUCCUUUCCACAACAGUUUACAGGACGCUCAGCUUCAGACCCGGCCCACUGAGCUGUGGUACAACAAACGUCUCACCAGUCCCAAAAGUGAAACAUCCUCUAUCUCAACAUGUGGAAGGCCCAUCCGCCAAGACUCCACUGCUGCCCAGACUACGGGAGACGAUCCCUCGGAGUCAGUGGGUGCUCUGCUGAGUGACCUCUCCAAGGCCCUGCAGGAGUACCAGGAGGCCGAGCGCAAAAUCUCCCACCUGGAGAAGGAGGACCUUCCCGCUCAGCUCCACCUCUGGGAUCACCUGAGCAAAAUCCGCAGCGAGCUCUCUCACAUACACCAGGCGCUGGAGCGGACUGCACGCCAGAGCGACGGGCCCCUCGACCUCUCAGUCAAGAGGGACUCAACGAAACUGGCCGUCGACCAGGGCUCGAAGGAGGAUGGCAGUCUGAAGGGCAACAGUACAGAGACGGAGGAGGACGAGGACGAGGAGCUGGAGGAGAGGAAGGAGGAAGAGGAGGAUGAGAGCGAGAGGAAGGCGAUGAAGGCCUCGCUGGAGAGCCGCAAGCAGUCGUUGGACAUUUUGAUCAAGAUGAGUCAGGCAUCAAUGGUCAACACAGAAGUCCUCUCUCCGGGUGGACUCGGCAUCAGGCCCAGUCCGGCCGAGGCCCUGUGGCCGAGCAGAACGACAAAGUGUGAGGCCGACUCCAGCGUCCUGCUCUGCCCCGACGGCCGCUCUGUGGUGUUCACCGACAUCCCGGCCUCGGCCAAAACCUCAAAGAGACCCCCGUCCAUACAGCGGCUGGAAGCUCAGUGUCCUCCGAGCCCACUGACAGCUACUGACAACUAAAGCCGUCUCUCUCCGACUGUAAUAUAACUGAUUCUGUCCACAAAUGCAGUUAUUGUUACCAGCAUGCCUUUGAGUUUCACUGGCUGGAUGGUCACUAUUAUUCUCAGUUUACCUUCACAAAAAAACCUCAAACAUUUUGCACCUUAAAAGAAAAAUGAAUGAUAAUUUGGAUGAGAAGGAUUUUAAUGCACUAAGAACGUUGAUUGUUAUGACAAUAUUCUCCAGAAAUAAAUUUGUAAAGGUAAGCUCAGCACUUAGUUAUUCCCAUCAGGACGAUUUAAAUGAUUAAGUCCAUUAAAAUGAUGCUGAGAGACAAUCCUCUGAGGGGAUUUGUAAAUACUGUAUUUAACAUACAUGUAAGUAAAACGUUUUAAAAGUGUAAAUGGUUUUAUAUGGAUGAUGUCAUGUUGAGAUGAAUUAAAAAAUUAAAUGUAUUGUA